GGAAACUAGUCUGGCUCUGCGGAUAUCAUUUUCUGAUUUCUUCAAGAUGUUCCAUUGUUUUAAUUAAGAACAAUUGACCUAUACAGACAUAUGGUUUAGAAAAUUAUUAAAUUGACACAUUAACUAAUAAAUCACUAUAUAACCUGUUUUCCUAUCUAUACGUAAGAAAAAUACACUGAAUACGUUCUUUUUGUAUAAAUUAUCAAGAACCAGACUAACUUUUUUGUUGUCUCGUUUUCAUUCCAAGAUGUCAGCCUCCAUGAACUGACUCGGGGAAGAUAAACCUGCAGCAAGACCAGAACUGAAAUAUCCUAUACAAUGUCUGGCAUUCAAAUAAUGAGGAACAAAGCAAUGAUGUCGAUGGUGUGUGCCAGAUGCUUCAACACAAUUACGAAGCGCUUUGCGAGUCGCCGUGCGGAACGACAGCAAAAGCGUGAGGCCAGAAUGCAAGAGGUGAUCCAAGAGAAAGGUGCACUGUCUGAAGCAGCUGAACGUGUGUACGUGUGGGGACAUGCUGCGACUGGAGCUCUUGGUGUGAGUACAUACCUAAGGCCAGAGUCUCGUGUUCAUUUCCCUCUGCCUGAGCAACAUAGACCAGCCCGGCUGCGAUUCAUGGACGAAAAUCACAUAGAGGUCUACGACAUCGCAUGCGGAUAUGGGUUCACCCUGUUUGCCACCAAGCGUAACAGACGGUACAUGGUGAUGGGCACUGGUCUCAACACAGAUUCACAGCUUGGCUACCAUGAGUACCCCAAAAACUCUGGUCGUGUGCUGGACUACAUCAUAGAACCAGUGCCUAUUUCAUUGCCGGGGAUGACUGAUGACAAGUUGAUGAACGUCAAACAGCUUGCGUGCGGCAGAGCUCAUAGCUUGUUCCUUACAAAGGAAGGGGUGUUUGCCCAGGGGAACAAUUCUUAUGGACAGUGCGGCAGAUCUAUUGUAGAGGGGGAGAUAUUCCAUAAAGUCUCAAAUAUACAGAAGAUUGAGGGUUUACCAGAUAAUAUUUCAAAGAUGGUAUGCGGGGCGGACCACAGCCUGUUCCUCACAUCAGACGGCAAGGUGUACUCAUGCGGGCUUGGUGCAGACGGACAGACGGGUCUUCAGACUUACGAAAACGUUGGCCAGCCUGAAAGACUCAAAGGAGAUAUUGAUGGCGUAAAGAUCAGGGACAUCGCCUGCAGAGCUGACUGCGUGCUGGCCGUUUCGGAAGCUGGCGACGUCUUUGGGUGGGGAAAUUCCGAAUACAGCCAGUUGUCUAUGGUUACUUCGGAGACGCAGGUCAGCAUGCCGACUCAUCUGCCGGUGAGGAAUUGUGGGAAAGUGAUGCAAGUGGCAACGGGUGGAUCGAUAUGCGCUCUGUUAAAUGAGAAAGGCGAGGUAUAUGUUUGGGGCUACGGGGUACUAGGAAAGGGGCCCAAAGUGGACAUGCUGCAGUCUCCUAGCCUCCUGCCCCUGCCACUAUUUGGGGUCAACGAGCUGCAGCCAGAGGUCAAGGUCACAGAAGUCAAGUGUGGGAUGAGUCACUUUGCAGCUGUCACAGACCUAGGUGAUGUAUACACGUGGGGUAAAGGCAAAUACGGUGCCUUGGGGUUACAGAGGGUUACAGUGCAGUAUUUUCCAUUAAAGAUUGCUUUACCUGCCUUUACCCAUAGAGUAGAAUGUGGAGUGGACCACACAGUAGCGCUGAGUCGAUCAUAUGCAUAAAAUAAAGUGUGGUCUGGUGUGGGACUGAAAUUUGGAAAACAUCAUUUCAAACAGAGUGGACCAGAUUCAAUCGUUGGCAUAAAAUAAACUGCGGACUUGAGACCAUCAUUUCAAUGCCAUUGGACUAGAUUAGAUACAAUCAUAUGCUUUGAAUAAACUUCAAACAAGUGUGAGGCUGACAUUUUGUGAAAUAGUACUUUGAUGGGGGUGGACCAUACAAAAAGCCUCAAGUUGAUUGUAUGCAAAGAAUAAAAUGUGGUCUGGUGUGGUGCUGAAAUUUGAAAAAUAAUUUCCAUGGGAACAUGCCAUACAAAGACACUGACUAGAUCCUUUGUCUAGACUAAACUGUGAUCUGAUGUGGAACUGAAACAGCAUUUACCGUACGUCUUCGCUUAUAAGACGGUUUUUUUUUCCAGAAAUUUUAAGGGAUAAAGUGGGGGGGUCGUCUUAUAAGAGCGUCCUCAGAAAAAACUGAAUUUUUUUUACCGAUUUUUGCGACGUGAUAACCGUAUUUCUGGUGACGAUAAGAAACUACUUUCAUUUUGACAGCAGAUACGCCGCUUAUAUCAUUAUGUUUUUAUCUAUCUGUUUAGAAUACUCGCGAGUUUAUUAUCGAAUACAAAUUAAAAAUAUAGAUUUCUUUAAACAUAUGUGUAUAAAUAAGUAAAAACUGUUAUCAGUGUGUUCUAUUA